AUGCCCGUCGAGAGGUUUGUUGAGAGUCAAGAGGGAGAUUGUCCCUUUCAAAAUGUAGAGCCUUGCCAAAAAAUAUCACCAAGGAUUGAGGAUUGUUAUGGGACUGUGGUGAGAAAAGAUUUACUUUCAUACUCUCAAGAGGAUCUAUGUAUGGAAGGACAAGAUGGGAUUUUGCUAACUCCAGAGGAUGAAGAAACAUCUGCAGGCUUGGGAAUAAAAACAGAGAUCCACUUCUCCAAUGGAACAUUUUCAUCAGAAGAUGAGGACUUGGAUAUUAUAUACAGUAAAAAUACUGCUCAAGGCAAUAAGGCAUCUCAAAAGAAAUCCAUCACACAGAUUAUCAAGGAUAAAAAAAAGCAAACACAACUUACUUUACAAUGGCUGGAGGAGAACUAUAUAGUGUGUGAAGGAGUUUGUCUGCCCAGAUGCAUACUGUAUGCACACUAUUUAGACUUCUGCAGGAAGGAAAAACUAGAACCAGCCUGUGCUGCAACAUUUGGGAAGACAAUUCGACAAAAGUUUCCGCUUCUGACCACAAGGAGACUUGGUACCAGGGGACACUCAAAGUAUCAUUAUUAUGGCAUUGGGAUUAAGGAAAGCAGUGCAUACUACCAUUCCGUAUAUUCUGGUAAAGGUUUGACAAGAUUUUCUGGGAGCAAGCUAAAGAGUGAGGGGGGCUUCACGAGAAAAUAUUCUCUUAGUUCAAAGACUGGAACUCUGCUUCCAGAAUUUCCUAGUGCUCAACAUCUGGUUUUACAAGGCUGUUUAUCCAAGGAGAAGGUAGACACUCUAAUCAUGAUGUACAAAACUCACUGUCAAUGUAUACUGGACAAUGCGAUCAAUGGGAAUUUCGAGGAGAUCCAGCACUUUUUAUUACACUUUUGGCAAGGAAUGCCAGAUCAUCUUCUCCCGCUCCUUGAAAAUCCGGUGAUCAUAGAUGUAUUCUGUGUCUGUGAUUCCAUUCUGUACAAGGUUCUUACAGAUGUACUUAUCCCAGCAACAAUGCAGGAAAUGCCGGAAAGUCUGCUAGCAGAUAUAAGAAACUUUGCCAAACACUGGGAACAAUGGAUUAUUUCAUCACUGGAAAACCUGCCAGAUGCCCUUUCAGAGAAGAAACUGACGAUCGUCAGGAGAUUUGUAUCGUCGCUGAAAAGACAAACCUCGUUCUUACAUUUAGCUCAGAUAGCGCGUCCUGCCCUGUUUGAUCAGAAUGUAGUAAAUACUAUGACAUCUGACAUUGAAAAAGUGGACUUAUACAGCAUUGGAUCUCAGGCUCUUCUUACCAGCUGCAGUGGUGGUGACACUGACUGUGAUGUCUACACAGAGUUGUUUCAAGAACUAAAAGAUCUACUUAAAAAGAAUGCCACUGUUGAAUCUUUCAUAGAAUGGUUGGACAAUGUUGUAGAGCAAAGAGUUAUCAAGGCAAGCAAGCAAAAUGGAAAAUCCCUGAAAAAGAGAGCUCAGGACUUCCUCUUGAAAUGGAGCUUCUUCGGAGCUAGAGUUAUGCACAAUCUCACCUUAAACAACGCAUCAAGUUUUGGUUCAUUCCAUUUGAUUCGCAUGUUACUCGAUGAGUACAUACUACUGGCAGUGGAAACUCAAUUUAACAAUGACAAGGAACAAGAGCUGCAGAAUUUGUUGGAUAAGUACAUGAAAAAUGCAGAUGCAAGCAAAGCAACAUUUACAGCAUCGCCAAGUUCUUGCUUUCUUGCAAGUCGUAACAAAUCCAGCAGUCUUCCAAAUGACUCUGCAGUCAAAAAUGAAUGUCUGCAAGAUCGAACUUAUAGUUUUUCAUCUGACCAGCAUCCCAAUCUUGUUCGUGGCCUGCACUCUUUCUCACAUGGAGAUAGCAAUAGCAUUCAACUUACAGAUCGGCUGGAGGUUCCGCAAAACACGGGACAUCUCAUUACUCCACCCAUGUCCCCAGCAGUCUUAAAUAGGGGAAGCGUUAUAAACCAAGGACCAAUGGCUAUCAGACCUCCCAGUGAAGGCCCAAUACUGCCUAGUCAUUCCCAGGUUUCUUCUUGUUCUGAAUCUAUAUUCCAGAAUCUACCCCCAACAAACCAAAACUAUUUUGGAACUAGUUCAAAUCAUCAGGCUAUAUUCAGAGCUCACACUCAACCUGCUUCUGGAUCCCUUCAACACAGAGUGGAUCAGAGUCGAUACUCUCAACUGAACGACCAACAGCUCCCACGUGACUGCUUUACAAGCAGUUGUUCGGUGUCUCCAUACAACAUUCGUCCUCCUUCAGCUUAUGGAUCACAAGCUAAUGCACAAGAAAUACACAGCAUGCAAUUCAUUAAUACUGGAGGAUACAGUUUCAUAAAUACCUCAGUCCCUGGGAGUUGCCAAGGAGGAACGUAUUCUUCAAACACUAGCAAUGGAUAUUAUGGGAACAAUUUAAGUUACCAAGACUCUCACAGACUUGGAUCGAUGAUUGAUCAGCACGUGUCUGUAAUUAGUAGUGUCAGUAGCAUCCGCCCUCUACAUUCAUAUAAUGAUAUUCAUGAUCCGCUCAACAUUUUAGAUGACACUGCAAGAAAACUUGGUUCAUACUAUACAGACUCUUCACCUCCAAUUAUUUGUCGCAACCAGAGUGUAGCCUCGAAUAUGCAGGGUGUCAUAUCACCAUCUACAUCUCAGUGUAUGUAUGGGAUAUCCAACCAGUACAGCGCCCAAGAAACACUGGAUUCCCAUGGACAGUCUGAUGAUGUCAGAGAGAUGGUGUCUUCUUUGCCACCCAUUAACACUGUCUUCAUGGGAGCUACAUCAGGAAGCACGUAA